AUGUUGCACCAACGGGGUUACCGGGAAGUGCUCUCAAAAACAUGGUUUAUACGGUUUCAAACAACACUGAGGUCGAAUUCGCAGCAGGUUUGCGUCCGGCUUCUCCCCAGCCCUCGCUGUUUCUUCGACGAACCGGUGCACGUGAAGGUAGAUGGACUUUCUCCGCACCAGAAAGUAGAGUUGAGGUCUAAACUCAGGGAUGAUAAAGGAGUCAUCUUCAGCGCUUCCGCUCUGGUCGCUGCAGAUCCUAGCGGACAGGUGGACCUGUGCCGCUCUCCCUCUCUGGGCGGCAGCUACACGGGAGUUGAAUCCAUGGGCUUGUUUUGGGCCAUGGCGGCCGAGACUCCACACAGCAAACUGUUUUUAAAAAAUGUGUUGGGUUCAAUGAUGGUUGACAUAGAAGUGUUGCAUGGGGACACAGGUGAGCUCUUGGCCACAGAGACCAACGAGAGGCGGUUCAUGACGGAAGGGGUAAGGAGAAAACUGUUGGGAUUGAAAGAAGGGAGAAUUCGGGGAGUCCUCUUUCUACCAUCGGUUAGAAGGUGAUUCAAAAUGCUCUGAAGUGGGAAAUUAUAUUUUUGGGUCCACAGGACCAGGAUUAAGAAACACUGUUCUAAGGAAAUGGAAAUCCAUUGAUUGUAUGUACUGUAGGCCUACACAUACCUUUUUAAUCAAAGGGCCUAUAUUGAUGAUUGAAAAGUGUCUGAAUAUGUUGUUGUGAACUCUCCUAAGAAAAACACAAAUUACAGUGUAGAAGGCCUAUAGGCUUAUGCCUUGAUCACACGGACAGCGUCAUUGUGCAAAAUGGUAAGCAGCAUCAUCUGGAUAUGUGAGCAACAAAAGUUCAACAUUCACUUUCUGCUACCAUUUCUGUCAAGCCGUCUACACAUACAGUUUGACGCAUACGUUCGAUAAAUACAACGUAUGCACCACACAGAACGAACUGCCUCUGCAACGUAAUGCUGCAAGGCAAACGCAGCGUUCCAUUGGAAAUGAAUGAACUUCUGGUGUACCAAAAUGCAAUGACGCUGUCGGUGUGAUCGAGGCAUUAGGCCUUUGCAUUAGAUAACAAAGCCUACUUUGCAUUGCGUGGGUUUUAUAUAGGUAGGCCAGAAACCAUCUCCACCUGCAGUGAGUGACAAAACAGUAACAGUCCUACAUUUCUCUUGUUAUUCUCUCUCUCCUAUUCCUCUUUCAUUCCCCCAUCCUCACAGGGCAGGGUCCAUUCCCCGGUGUACUGGAUGUGUAUACUCUGGUUGGAGGUAUAACAGAGGUCCGGGCCAGUCUGCUGGCUAACAAAGGCUUUGUGGUUCUGGCUCUGGCCUACUAUGGCUUCCAGGACCUGCCCAGAACCAUGCCUAAAUACUUUGACCUGGAGUACUUUGAAGAGGCCAUCACUUUCCUGAGGCGACAGCCACAGGUUAGUGGAGGAAAAAGAUAAGUGCCUGUAUUCAUAAAACAUCUCAGAGUAGGAGUGCUGAUCUAGGAACAGGUUCCUCAUGUCCAUAUAAUGUCCAGCACUCUUAACUCUGAGACACAUUGUGAAUGUGGGCCAUUUGCUCCAUGAGAAGAAAAUGUCACCUUGAGGUUCCUCUCACUAUGCUUCAAUAUUUUGUUAGCUGUGUAAAUGCUACCAUCUAGUGGCUGCUGUUUGCUCUACACCAGGGGUUCUCAAACCUUUUUGGGGCCGGGACCCCAUUUGUGUUAGCAAAUUCAUCAGGGACCACCUAACAGAGAUGAGACCAAGUGACAAUUUUGCAAGUCUUAACCUUCAAGUCUCGAGUCAAGUCCCAAGUAAUAAUGGACACAUCUAAAGUAAAGUCCCAAGUUCCACAGCUCAGGUCAAGUCACAAGUCCCUAAUUUUGGGUUUCGAGUCCUCAAGUCAAUGGUUAAGUGUUUUAUGCCAAUUUCAUUGCAAUUGCAAUACAUCAGUGAUUUUGGACUCACAUGUUUUACAAACUGCAUCCCUUUUUUUCCCCCACUACCUCUACGAUUGCAACGAUUUUUGGGACCGAUGAUGCCCUGAUGCAGAUCUGGCACCACAGGUUCCAGAGUGGUGGGGCAAAUUGUUUCCCUUGGGGCCUGGAGCUUUUCCUAAUCUGGUAACCUAACCAGGUAUAAAUCAGGACCCUUUAGGGCAGCGUUUUUCAAACUCGGUCCUCGGGACCCCAAAGGGUGUAAAGCUGAUUCAAAAGGGCUUUAUUACAGACGGAUAUAGUCCUCAGUUUCAUCAGCUGUCCGAGUGGCUGGUCUCAGACGAUCCCGCAGGUGAAGAAGCCGGAUGUGGAGGUCCUGGGCUGGCGUGGUUACAUGUGGUCUGCGGUUGUGAGACCGGUCGGACGUAUAUAUAUCAUGAAAACAAUUUCUUUAUUUUUGGUGUGGUUAAGGUUAGGUUUAAAAUCACAUUUUAAAAAUAUAAAUUGUAGAAAUAGGCGGAGUUUAUGACUGUGGUUGUGGUAACUAGUGACAAACCCUUUGCAUAGAAGGUGUAGAGCCCUUUAGGCGCAGCUGCGCAACACCGAGCUCUUAAACGGGCAAUGACAAAACAAAUCUAACAUUUCCAGUAGUAUUAAUAAUUAAUAACAAUCAGGAUGUUGUUUCCAAUGGGGUAAAUGCAGAUGGACAAACCCCAUGCUUCAGCCUAUGUACGUUUUAUAGCCACUAUGCUGCGUCAGUUAGGUUACAGGUGAUUAUUCUUAUUGCUAUUAGCACAUCUGAUAAUAUAGACCAUGCAUAGGCUAUAUGCAUGCCAUGGUCCAAUAUGUACAAAUAAUUUUAACAUUGUUAUUUGGCUCAUUUCUGGAGGUGGAAAUUAGAUUUUAGAUGGUGUCAGCAUCAUUGUAUUUUCAUUAAUUUUUGAGUAGAAUAUACUUUUAAAAAGUCACCAGAACUGAGCUUCUCAGUCCUUCUACAUUUAAAUUCUCCCGAGGAGGAUCCCAGACCCUAAGCAAGGGGACUGGAAUUGGUCAAAACCGCAGUUUAAUAAAUUAACAAAAUGAUCCUCUUUCCUAAAAGCAUGAUGGUCAUGACUUCCUACAUUAAAGGGGAGGUUAACUUGGCCCCAGACAAUCGAUCUGAGAUAGACUUAAGUUUCAGUCAUGGUAUUUUUUUUGCUUUAACCCCUGUUGACAAUAACAAUGUUUUUAUUAAAAACACUCUCUUCCUCUAGGUCCAGGAAUAGGAAUCCUGUCUAUCUCUAAGAGAGGGGACCUGGCUCUGUCCAUGGCCUCUUUUCUCUCUGGCAUCUCAGCCAUAGCCUGGAUCAACGGCAGCAAUGCUAAUAUGGUGGCGCCAAUGCACUACAAAGACCUCGUCAUCCCUUCGGUCACGCCUAUCGUAGAGAACGUCACCGUCCGGCCUCCUCGACAUCCGAGACGCCUUACCGGACCCAGAGACUGAGGGGAACAGCGGUUCUGUGAUCCCAAUAGAACGUUCCAGUUCUAGGUUCCUCUUCGCCGCCUCGGAGGACGACAGGAAUUGGAACAGCUGUCUCUUCGCCCAACAGGCCGCCACCCGGCUGAGGCAUCAUGGGAAAGAGAACUUUGAGGUAAGGAAAUAAACCUGAACAUGAACAUUUUCUUAGCAAAAAGUUUAAUUAAGUACUAGAUAAACACAUGAUGUUUCAGCCUCAAAACUGCCUGUACUCAAUAGCAGGGGUUGGAACUGAAAUUAUUUCCCCAAUAGUUUCGUUCUGAACAGAACCACUAUUUAUUUUGUUCUGUUCCAUUGUUCCGACCAGCAUAAUAAAGUUCUGAACCGGUUCGAACCAGAAAAAAUAACUGGUUUAUAGAAUUCCUUUCGGUUCCUUUUAAUUUGUGAAAUCGACAUUUUUACAUUUAGCUUAUUAAAUUACUCCACCAAUCAGUGCAGAAUCUGCAGAUAGAGCAGCUUUCUAUGGACCAGGCAAGCUAGUUGUUUACAUGCUUGAUGACAGACAAGUGUUGGGCGCGAGAUGCGACUGAAAUUUUGCAGCGUAGGGAGAUGGCGAGAGAGAGCGGUGGACAUGGACGAGGCUUGGCUUGAAGCGCUGGGCAUCUUGAUAUGACUUGCAUUUUAAUGUGUCUAGGAUAUUUGUAGUAGGCUUAUAAUUACUUCACUGAAUUACAGUUGAAGUCGGAAGUUUACAUACACCUUAGCCAAAUACAUUUAAAUUCAGUUUUUCACAAUUCCUGACAUUUAAUCCUAGUAAAAAUUCACUGUGUUAGGACAGUUAGGAUCACCACUUUAUUUUAAGAAAGUGAAAUGUCAGAAUAAUAGUAGAGAGAAUUAUUUAUUUCAGCUUUUAUUUCUUUCAUCACAUUCCCAGUGGGUCAGAAGUUUACAUACACUCAAUUAGUAUUUGGUAGCAUUGCCUUUAAAUUGUUUAACUUGGGUCAAACGUUUCGAGUAGCCUUCCACAAGCUUCCCACAAUAAGUUGGGUGAAUUUUGGCCCAUUCCUCCUGACAGAGCUGGUGUAACUGAGUCAGGUUUGUAGGCCUCCUUGCUCGCAUAUGCUUUUUCAGUUCUGCCCACAAAUGUUCUAUAGGAUUGAGGUCAGGGCUUUGUGAUGGCCACUCCAAUACCUUGACUUUGUUGUCCUUAAGCCAUUUUGCCACAACUUUGGAAGUAUACUUGGGGUCAUUGUCCAUUUGGAAGAUCCAUUUGCGACCAAGCUUUAACUUCCUGACUGAUGUCUUGAGAUGUUGCUUCAAUAUAUCCACAUAAUUUUCCUUCCUCAUGAUGCCAUCUAUUUUGUGAAGUGCACCAGUCCCUCCUGCAGCAAAGCACCCCCACAGCACGAUGCUGCUACCACCGUGCUUCACGGUUGGGAUGGUGUUCUCCGGCUUGCAAGCUGCCCCCUUUUUCCUCCAAACAUAACUAUGGUCAUUAUGGCCUAACAGUUCUAUUUUUGUUUAAUCAGACCAGAGGACAUUUCUCCAAAAAGUACGAUCUUUGUCCCCAUGUGCAGUUGCAAACCGUAGUCUGGCUUUUUUAUGGCGGUUUUGGAGCAGUGGCUUCUUCCUUGCUGAGCGGCCUUUCAGGUAAUGUCGAUAUAGGACUUGUUUUACUGUGGAUAUAGAUACUUUUGUACCUGUUUCCUUCAGCAUCUUCACAAGGUCCUUUGCUGUUGUUCUGGGAUUGAUUUGCACUUUUCGCACCAAAGUACGUUCAUCUCUAGGAGACAGAACGCGUCUCCUUCCUGAGCGGUAUGACGGCUGCGUGGUCCCAUGGUGUUUAUACCUGCGUACUAUUGUUUGUACAGAUGAGCGUGGUACCUUCAGGCGUUUGGAAAUUGGAUGAACCAGACUUGUGGAGGUCUAAAAAAAAAAAUCUGAGGUCUUGGCUGAUUUCUUUUGAUUUUCCCAUGAUGUCAAGCAAAGAGGCAGUGAGUUUGAAGGUAGGCCUUGAAAUACAUCCACAGGUACACCUCCAAUUCACUCAAAUGAUGUCAAUUAGCCUAUCAGAAGCUUCUAAAGCCAUGACAUCAUUUUCUGGAAUUUUCCAAGCUGUUUAAAGGCACAGUCAACUUAGUGUAUGUAAACUUCUGACCCACUGGAAUUGUGAUACAGUGAAUUAUAAGUGAAUUAAUCUGUCUGUAAACAAUUGUUGGAAAAAUUACUUGUGUCAUGCACAAAGUAGAUGUCCUGACCGACUUGCCAAAACUAUAGUUUGUUAACAAGAAAUUUGUGGAGUGGUUGAAAAACAAGUUUUAAUGACUCCAACCUAAGUGUGUGUAAACUUCCGACUUCAACUGUAUCUACUAGCUAGAUGCCUACGGAGGAGCAGCUAAAAUGGAGGAACUUUGAAUGUCAGAGUUUGCUCAAUGCCGAGGCUAGCUCAACGCCCUGGAACAGAGCUAGCUAACAAGCUUGUGUGUGCAGCCGCACCAGAAUUCAAAACACGUCUUACCUUUUUGUAGUUAAUAAAUCCAAUGUGUAACGUGAUAACUAUAGGAUUCUUAACUAGCCUAGAAAACUAGCUGGCAGGCAGACACUGAAAGGAGAAGUUUCUGAGUGACAGAGUGCUUUGCAUAGGGGUAAAUCCAUUUUUAAUCACUUUUUGACAGUACCCAUUUAGAUUUGAACGAAACCUUCUAUACAUACAAUGCCUUCAGAAAGUAUUUAUAUCCCUUGACUUAUUCUACAUUUUGUUGUGUUAAAGCCUGAGAAAAAAGAAGAAAUCCGCACACUGCUCUUGCUAGUAUCACUGCUCUUUGUCAAGCUUUACGUAUCGGCCUCAAGGCCUUUGUCCCAGCUCUUCCAUGGCCUAGACACUAGACAUGUUACCCAUUGAGCAUGUUUAGAAUUCUCUGGAUUGAUGCUCUGGAUACACACGAUUUUAGAAACUUUAACAAAUUUAUUGAAAAUGAAAUACAGAUAUCUCAUUUACAUAAUUAUUCUCACCCCUGAGUCAAUUCAUGUUAGAACAGUGGUCACCAACCUUUUUUGAGUCUAGAUCACUUUCUUAGUCAAAAUGCAGGCUGAGAUCUACCGCUCACAUGACUUAAACAUAAGGCUAUGCAACAUUAACCUAUUAAAAACAGUUAUUUGUGCUGUAGGCUAUAGGCCCAAUACAUUAUCACUGCAUAUUGGCUAUGCUUAAAUUUCCCUGCCAAUGUUGUUCUUCUCAGAACAUUUAAAAAUUAUAUUUCAAAACGAGGGUAUAUGAUCACACUGGUAAUAGAUCAUCAUUUGUUGUUUUACUUAUAAGGCACAGCUAAGUGAGCAUACGUUGAAAUAAUUUGCUUUCUUUAUUUUACUGGACUGAAGGUGCCUCAGUGGAGGGAGAGCAUCAGAGGGUCCGCAUCUCACAGUCGGACCGUCCCUCAGCAGUGUGACUUGAGUUUUUCCAUCAACUCAAAGACUGUGUCCCCUUUUUGGUCAGUCGUAGCAGAGGGGGGAGAGCUGAGGGACGGUCCGACCAGUGUGAUCCCCCCAGAAGUGGCGCUGGAGAAGAUGGCUGCUGUUUUACAGCCCUCUAACCAAUUGUACUAUUAUGUGUUUUCGCGUUUGUAAUUUAUUCUGUACAUAAUGUUUCUGCUACCGUCUCUUAUGACCAAAAAGAGACAGUCGUGAAGAGGGCAUGACAAAGCCUAUUCCCCCUCAGGAGACUGAAAAUAUUUGGCAUGGUCCUCAGAUCCUCAAAAAGUUCUACAGCUGCACCAUCGAGAGCAUCCUGACUGAUUGCAUCACCGCCUGGUAUGGCAACUGCUCGGCCUCCGACCGCAAGGCACUACAGAGGGUAGUGCGUACGGCCCAGUACAUCACUGGGGCCAAGCUUCCUGCCAUCCAGGACCUCUAUACCAGGCAGUGUCAGAGGAAGGUCCUAAAAAUUAUCAAAGACUCCAGCCACCCUAGUCAUAGACUGUUCUCUCUGCUACCGCACGACAAGCGGUACCGGAGCGCCAAGUCUAGGUCCAAAAGGCUUCUUAACAGCUUCUACCCCCAAGCCAUAAGACUCCUGAACAGCUAAUCAUGGCUACCCAGACUAUUUGCAUUGCCCCCCCACCCCACCCCAUCCCCUUCUUUUACGCUACUGCUACUCUGUUUAUUAUUUAUGCAUAGUCACUUUAACUCUACCCACAUGUACAUAUUACCUAAAUUACCUCGACUAACCAGUGCCCCCGCACAUUGACUCUGUACCGGUACCCCCUGUAUAUAACCUCCUUACUGUUAUCUUAUUUUACUGCUGCUCUUUAAUUAUUAUUAUUUUUUGCUUUUUUUGCUUUUCUUAAAAACGGCAUUGUUGGUUAAGGGCUUGUAAGUAAGCAUUUCACUGUAAUGUCUACACCUGUUGUAUUCGGCGCAUGUGGCAAAUAAAAUUUGAUUCGAUUAUUUCUGUCUCAUUCACAAAUUCAUGUUACUCCUAUGAAUAGAGAAGGUGAAAACAACACACAGUCGCUAAUAAUAACGCAAGCCUAUUGAUACACUUUGCUAAUCAUUCAUUUUGCUAAUAAAAAAAAAAAAAGAAGGUAUUCACUAACUGUAAGUCGCUCUGGAUAAGAGCGUCUGCUAAAUGACUUAAAUGUAAAUGUUUUAAAUACUUAAGUAUCAAAAGUAAAUGUAAUUACUAAAAUAUACUUAAGUAUCAAAAGUAUAAGUAAUUUCAAAUUCCUUAUAUUAAGCAAACCAGACGGCACCAUUUUAUUUAAUUUGUUUAUUUACGGAUAGCCAGGGGCACAAUCCAACACUCAGUUUUAAUUUAUAAAUGAAGCGUGUGUUUAGUGAGUCCGCCAGAUCCGAGGCAGUAGGGAUGACCAGGGAUGUUCUCUUGAAAAGGGUGUGAAUUUGACAAUUUUCCUGUCCUGCUAAGCAUUCAAAAUGUAACUAAUACUUUUGGGUGUAUGGGAAAAUGUAUGGAGUAAAAAGUACAUUUUCUUUAGGAAUGUAGUGAAGUAAAAGUUGUAAAAAAUAUAAAUAGUAAAGUACAGAGUUAAGUAGUACUUUAAAGUAUUUUUACUUAAGUACUUUACACCACUGUGGAAACACUUCAUCUACCCGGUGCGCAGGGCAGCUGAAUCAAGUGCACCUACUGCCAACAGCGCAAGACAGAAAAAAGCAGGAAUGCAAGGCUUUAUCUUUGGGUUUAUUAUAGAAAAUGUUUUGUGAUCGACUAGGAAUGCCUUGGCGAUCAACUGUUUUGGUGACCACUGUGUUAGAAACACAUUUGGCAGCAAUUAACAGCUGUGAGUUUUCCUGGAUAAGUCUCUAAGGCCCCGAUGCCGACCAGAAUUAAGUGCCCGUAAAUGGAACAUAAUUCAAUUUUAUGCGUUUUUCUCUCUAUGCAUAUUCUGACCUUGAAUGCUAUUCACCCACUAUUAGUUUGAGGUGGAGCUCGAAUAAAUGGUGUGGAGGAGGUGUCUACUAAUGCACCGUAUUUUGACCUUGAAUAAUUCCCUCAUAGUUUCACCACCUUUAUGCGCGAUGAAACCAUGAAUACGGUCGAGCAAACCUGCCGGUUCUAGGUGGAAAAAGCAUCUACUUAAUUUUUACUGAUAGAAAUAACAGCAUUUGCCAUGCACUAUAAUUUAUCAAUUGAUAACAGCUAGAUUAGUAAAUUAGUAAUCUGUUAGAUUUUUUUGUUUGUAAUUUUACCCCCUUUUUCUCCACAAUUUCAUGAUAUCCAAUUGGUAUUUACGAUCUUGUCUCAUCACUGUCCUCCGAAACAUGACCCGCCAAGCCGCGCUGCUUCUUAACACCUGCUCGCUUAACCCGGAUGACAUGACCCGCCUUAGACCGUUGUGCCACUCGGGAGGCCCCGGGAUUGUAAAUACACAUAGCAAUUGUUUUAGAUGAUUUUUCCUUAUGAUCCCUGGAGACGAAUGCGAAACCAGCCGUAUGGAAGCAAACUGAAGAUCAUAUUAACAUGAUAUGUAUUGUGGCCCCUUUUCCACAGUGAAAUAGGAUAUACAGUGAGCUCCAAAAGUAUUGGGACAGUGACACAUUUUUUGUUGUUUUGGCUCUGUACAGCACUUUGGAUUUGAAAUGAUACAAUGACUAUGAGGUUAAAGUGCAGACUGGUAGCUUUAAUUUGAGGGUAUUUUCAUCCAUAUCAGGUGAACCGUUUAGAAAUGACAGCACUUUUUGCACAUAGUCCCCCCAUUCACUUGUGUGUUAAAGUAGUGAAAAGUUAAGUAUUUGGUCCCACAUUCAUUGCACCCAAUGACUACAUCAAGCUUGUGACUCUACAAAUUUGUUGGAUAUAUUUGCUGUUUGUUUUGGUUGUGUUUCAGAUUAUUUUGUGCCCAAUAUAAAUGAAUAGUAAAUUAUGUAUUGUGUCAUUUUGGAGUCACUUCUAUUAUAAAUAAGAAUAUAAUAUGUUUCUAAACACUUCUAUACUAAACAAAAAUAUAAACACAACAUGUAAAGUGUUGGUCCCAUGUUUAAUGAGCUGAAAUAAAAGAUCCCAGAAAUGUUCCAUAUGCAAAAAAAGCUUAUUUCUAUCAAAUUUUGUGCACAAAUUUGUUCACAUCUUAGUGAGCAUUUCUCCUUUGCCAAGAUAAUCCUUCCACCUGACAGGUGUGGCAUAUCAAGAAGCUGAUUAAACAGCAUGAUCAUUACACAGGUGCACCGUGUGCUGGGGACAAAAGGCCACUCUAAUGUGCAGUUUUGUCACACAACACAAUGCCACAUGUCUCAAGUUUUGAGGGAGCAGGCAAUUGGCAUGCUGACUGCAGCAAUGUCCACCAGAGCUGUUGCCAGAGAAUGUAAUGUUAAUUUCUCUACUAUAAGCCGCCUCCAAUGUAAUUUUUGAGAAUUUGGCAGUAUGUUCAACCGGGCUGACAACCGCAGACCACUUGUAACCACGCCAGCCCAGGACCUCCACAUCCGGCUUCUUCACCUGCGGGAUCAUCUGAGACCAGCCACCCGGACAGCUGAUGAAACUGUAGGUUUGCACAACCGGAGAAUUUCUACACAAACUGUCCGAAACCGUCUCAGGGAAGUUCAUCUGCGUGCUUGUUGUCCUCACCAGGGUCUUUACCUGACUGCAGUUUGGCGUCGUAACUGACUUCAGUGGGCAAAUGCACACCUUCGAUGGCCACUGGCACGCUGGAGACGUGUGCUCGUCACGGAUGAAUCCUGGUUUCAACUGUACCGGGCAGAUGGCAGACAGUGUAUGGCGUCAUUUAGGUGAGCGGUUUGCUGAUGUCAACGUUGUGAACAGAGUGCCCCAUGGUGGCGGUGGGGUUAUGGUAUGGGCCAUCACCUCAUGUUUCAGCUUGAUAAUGCAAGGUCCAUGUCGCAAGGAUCUGUACACAAUUUCUGAAAGCUGAUAAUGUCCCAGCUCUUCCAUGGCCUGCAUACUCACCAGACAUGUCACCCAUUGAGCAUGUUUAGGAUGCUCUUGAUUGACGUGCACAACAGCGUGUUCCAGUUCCCGCCAAUAUCCAGGAACUUCGCACAGCCGUUGAAGAGGAGUGGGACAACAUUCCACAGGCCACAAUCAACAGCCUGAUCAACUCUCUGCAAAGGCGAUGUGUCGCACUGCAUGAGGCAAAUGGUGGUCACACCAGAUACUGACUGGUUUUCUGUUCCACGCCCCUACCUUUUAUUUUUUUAACGUAUCUGUGACCAACAGAUGCAUAUCUUUAUUCCCAGUCAUGUGAAAUCCAUAGAUUAGGGCCUAAUGCAUUUAUUUCAAUUGACUGAUUUCCUUAUGAACUGUAACUCAGUAAAAUUAUUGAAAUAAUCAUACAAUAACUUCCCCUGUUAUUGUAAUGGUGAGAGGUUAGCAUGUCUUGGGGGUAUAAUGUUUGUGCAUCUAACUUUCUCACUCAUCAUUAUUCAAGAUUCAUUCAUCAUUAUCCGUAAUCAUGGUAGCAUCCACAUUAAUGUAAAAGUGUUUUUUAAACAUAUACUAUUCUUAUUUAUAAUACAAGUGACUCCAAAAUGAUUCUACAUAAUUUACCAUUUGUUUCUAUCGGGCACAAAAUCAUCUGGAACACAACCAAAACAAACAGCAAAUGCAUGCAAUGAAUAUUAAUCAUUAUGGAACUCAGACCAUGUAGCAGGUUAAACCUGGAGCCUGGAGCACGGUUCACGACGACUGGACCGGUGUCGUACAGUUCCAUGAUUAGUGAGAAUUAGGGUAGGAUUAUUGUUCAACCCCUAUUGUACACUUCUUUUUUUUUCACCUUCCAAUAUUUAAUAGAUUGAACUUGAAUAUGACAACUUUCAGGAUGAAUCAAACCACUUUUUUAUUGAUCAAUAUAUUUAGUACAUAAAGACUCUCCAAACCAGUUUUGAUUUUUAUUCAUACAAACUUUCCUAACCCUAAAAUGUGCCUUAAUAAUCUACAAGAUCAGAGUAUUUUUUAAAUCUACCAGUUGGUGCUGAAACGGCCACAAAUAUACAUACAGUGCAUUCGGAAAAUAUUCGCACCCCUUGACUUUUUCCACAUGUUAUGUUACAGCCUUAUUCUAAAAUUGAUUAAAUUGUUUUUUUCUCAUCAAUCUACAGACAAUACCCCAUAAUGACAAAGCAAAAACAGGUUUUUAGAAAUUUUUGCAAAUUUAUUAAAAAUAAAAAACGGAAUUAUUACAUUUACAUACGUUUUCAGACCCUUUACUCAGUACUUUGUUGAAGCACCUUUGGCAGCGAUUACAGCCUUGAGUCUUCUUGGGUAUGACGCUACAAGCUUGGCACACCUGUAUUUGGGGAGUUUCUCAGAUUCUUCUGUGCAGAUCCUCUCAAGCUCUGUCAGGUUGGAUGGGGAUCGUUGCUGCACAGGUAUUUUCAGGUCUCUCCAGAGAUGUUCGAUCGGGUUAAGUCUGGGCUCUGGCUGGGCCUCUCAAGGACAUUGAGACUUGUCCCGAAGCCACUCUUGCGUUGUCUUGGCUGUGUGCUUAGGGUCGUUGUCUUCAUCAAGGAUCUCUCUGUACUUUGCUCCGUUCAUCUUUCCCUCGACCCUGACUAGUCUCCCAGUCCCUGCCGCUGAAAAACAUCCCCACAGCAUGAUGCUGCCACCACCAUGCUUCACCGUAGGGAUGGUGCCACGUUUCCUCCAGACGUGACACUUGGCAUUGAGGGGAAAGCGUUCAAUGUUGGUUUCAUCAUACCUGAGAAUCUUGUUUCUCAUGGUCUGAGAGUCCUUUAGGUGCCUUUUGGCAAACUCCAAGUGGGCUGUAUGUGUCUCUUACUGAGGAGUGGAUUGGAUAUGAGCCACAGGUUCUCCCAUCUCCACAGAGGAACUCUGGAGCUCUGUCAGAGUAACCAUCAGGUUCUUGGUGACCUCCCUGACCAAGGCCCUUCUCCCCCGAUUGCUCAGUUUGGCCGUGCGGCCAGCUCUAGGAAGAGCCUUGGUGGUUCCAAACUUCUUCCAUUUAAGAAUGAUGGAGGCCGCUGUGUUCUUGGGGACCUGUUUUGGUACCCUUCCCCGGAUCUGUGCCUGACACAAUCCUGUCUCGGAGCUCUACGGACAAUUCCUUUGACCUCAAGGCUUGGUUUUUGCUCUGACAUGCAUUGUCAACUGUGGGACAUUUUUACAUUUUAGUCAUUUAGCAGACGCUCUUAUCCAGAGAGACUUAGUGCAUACAUUUUCACACUGGCCCCCGUGAGAAUCGAACCCACAACCCUGGCGUUGCAAACGCCAUGCUCUACCAACUGAGCUACACGGAACCUUAUGUAGACAAGUGUGUGCCUUUCCAAAUCAUGUCCAAUCAAUUGAAUUUACCACAGGUGGAAACAUCUCAAGGAUGAUCAAUGGAAACAGGAUGCACCUGAGCUCAAUUUCGAGUCUCAUAGCAAAGGGUCUGAAUACUCAUGUAAAUAAGGUAUUUUUGUUUUGCAAAUGUAUAAAAAAACAUGAACCUGUUUUCGCUUUGUCAUUGUGAGGUAUUGUGUGUAGAUUGAUGAAAAAACAAACAUUUAAUCCAUUUUAGAAGUAACAAAGUGGAAAAGGGGAAGGGGUCUGAAUACUUUCCGACUGCACUGUACUUCCAGCUUAUAGAUACUAUAUACAUUUGACGGACACAGUAUAAUUUACAGUAGUUAUCUUUUGUUUGUUUUUAGACCCAUCCUUCAGCUACCCUCAAACCCUCCCAUCGAUCUCUGAAGACCUUUCAGUUUUUAUUUCUAUUUGCCAUAUAUGUUUAAACUGUGUUGUCUGUCAUUCUUAAUGUUUCUAUGUUUUCUGACUGCACCUUAACUUGGCGUUGGUUGAUGUUCUGUCCUCUUUUCCUUUCACCUCCAGGUGGUGAUGUACGCCAGGGCGGGGCAUUUCCUGGAGGUACCCUACAUGCCCCACUGCCCGUCUGGCAUUUGGGGGAGAGGCUAA